CUUCCUGCUUGGUCUCAGGUGGCCGGAUUCUGGCCCCGAGGAAUGUCUGUCAGGAUUCUAGCGCACAGCGUCACGUUCUUAGGGGUUUUCGUUCGAGAUUCCACGCGAAUGUAACUCGGGCCCUCUUUUCUGUUCGUAGAUGGGUCAUGAGUUGUUGGGAAUCAGACAGCCAGAGCGGGAGUGGGCGAGCCCAGCACGGUUUUAAAGUAAAACGUUGAGAGUUUUUGUAGCUGUGCAGGAUGGUAACUGCAAGCAGCGUAAAAGGAUGAAUCUGAGGGACGAAAGGAAUGUUUUGUUUUGUUUUUUCUUGAAGACCUUGAGAGGCUGUAAAUGUGGACAGAGGUAAACUGAUAUGAAGAUGGGAAAUAUUAAAAAUGGAAGAGGUAAAUGAAGACAGUACCACAUGCUUGAGAGCUGAGUCCAGAAGGAACUAUAGGGCACAUGGAACACCUGCACAAGCACUGGAUUUUUGCCCUGCAACGUCUCAAAGGAAGCAGGCUGUGAGCUGCGGGAAGGCAGAGGACAGAUAUGAACGUGUUCUCAAGGGUUCCUGGUGUUUCAUGGCAUCCUCCAAAGUCCUGUCCGAGGGCUGCUCCUGACCAAGAAGACCUACAGAGACUGUCUCUGAGAUCAAGUCCCGAUGAAGAACUGAGAGGAACAGAGUGACUAUGGUCUUUGCUCACAGAAUGGAUAACGACCAGCCACCUGUGCUUGCUGCUACCCUGCUGGCGCCCCUUCAGAACCACAGCUUCGUGGAAGCAGCUGAGGCCCUGCUGCCCCAUGGCCUGAUGGGAUUCCCUGAGGAGCAUGACUGGAUGAGCAACAGGACAGACCUUCAGUAUGGACUCAACCCUGGAGAGGUGGCCACAGCCAGCAUUUUCUUCGGUGCUCUGUGGUUGUUUUCUAUCUUUGGUAAUUCCCUGGUGUGUCUGGUCAUCCACAGGAGCCGGAGGACUCAGUCCACCACCAACUACUUUGUGGUCUCCAUGGCUUGUGCUGACCUCCUCAUCAGCGUGGCCAGCACACCAUUUGUCCUGCUGCAGUUCACCACGGGAAGGUGGACCCUCGGCAGUGCCAUGUGCAAAGUCGUGCGCUACUUCCAGUAUCUCACUCCGGGCGUGCAGAUCUACGUGCUCCUCUCCAUCUGCAUAGACCGGUUCUAUACCAUCGUCUACCCUCUGAGCUUCAAGGUGUCCAGAGAAAAGGCCAAGAAGAUGAUCGCAGCCUCCUGGAUCUUAGAUGCAGCCUUUGUGACGCCUGUCUUCUUUUUCUAUGGCUCCAACUGGGACAGCCAUUGUAACUACUUCCUCCCUCCUUCCUGGGAGGGAACUGCCUACACUGUCAUCCACUUCUUGGUGGGCUUUGUGAUUCCCUCUAUCCUCAUAAUCUUAUUUUACCAGAAGGUCAUAAAGUAUAUCUGGAGAAUAGGCACUGAUGGGCGGACCCUGAGGAGGACGAUGAACAUUGUCCCCAGGACAAAGGUGAAAACGGUCAAGAUGUUUCUCCUCUUGAACGCGGUGUUUCUGUUCUCCUGGCUGCCUUUCCAUGUGGCUCAGCUCUGGCACCCCCAUGAGCAAGACUACAAGAAGAGCUCCCUUGUCUUCACAGCGGUCACGUGGGUGUCCUUUAGCUCUUCAGCCUCGAAGCCUACUCUCUACUCCAUUUAUAAUGCCAAUUUCCGCAGAGGGAUGAAAGAGACUUUCUGCAUGUCCUCGAUGAAAUGUUACCGCAGCAAUGCCUACACUAUCACAACCAGCUCAAGGGUGGCCAAAAGAAACUAUGUUGGCAUUUCCGAAAUCCCUCCCAUGAGCAGGACGAUAACCAAAGACUCCGUCUAUGACUCAUUUGACCGAGAGGCCAGGGAAAAGAAGCUUGCCUGGCCCAUCAAUUCAAACCCACCAAACACUUUUGUCUGAUUUCUAAGAAUUCCUUCACUGUUAUGUGCCGGAGAUUAAAAAGCUUUAAAUAUAAA